UUCUUUUUCCUCUCGCUGCCGAGCGCCCUAAACCCCUCGCUCGUCUUCCUCCUCGCGCGAGCGCCGCCACCCCUCCCUCCUUCUGGCCCACCCCGCUGCCGAGCUCCGCGCCAGCCCCCUCGCUCGUUUUCAUCCUCGCGCGAGCGCCGCCACCGCCGGCUGUUCCUCAGGUCAGGAUGAGCUUGAUAUCCCAGAACGCGCUCCAGAAGCGCCGCCUGGAGAAGAACAGAGUCGCUGAUGAUGAUAGUGAUGAGGGCAUUGGUUCCCCCGUUGCUCCGGAUGCAGAGGUUGAGAAGGAAGCCAAGCGCAGUAAGAAAAGAAAGGCCAAGGCGUUGGAGGCCAAGGAGAACCAAGAUGCAGAGGAGAUGAGGCAGCUGGAGAGUUCGCUGUUUGGUGCAAUCUAUGCGCCGUUGGAGUUUGGCACUGAGGUUGGGGCUGCAGCAGCGGCUCGUGACCAGGAUGGUGCUUUGUUCUUCGUGGAUCGUUCUGCUGGGGAUGGCGAGGAUGAGUUGCCUGUUUAUGAUGAGGGCUCAGGCACUGAAGGUGAUGAAGAUGAGAUGGUCAAUAAGGUAAGGAAGCCUGCGUGGGAGGAUGACGAGGAAGAGAGGACGGAGGUGGACAUCGCAAAGGUGUCAAGGUUGAGGAAGUUGAGAAAGGAGGCUGAUGAGAGAGUGAUCUCGGGCAGAGAUUAUGAAGCUAGGUUACGAGGUCAUCAUGCAAAGUUGAAUCCCUUCACUGGCUGGGCAGACAUGGACCGUAAACCUCCUCUUCCUGGGGUGUCCGAUGAUGAAUCCGAUGACGAGGGUGGAGUCGACAAUAUUCUUCGGAACAAUGAUGAGCUUGUUGUCAAGGGUACUGCUAAGCUCCUACCUGGCAUGUUGGACUUCUCAAGCCUUGUUGAUGCUAAUUCGCAGGAGCCAUCCAGAGGUAUUAUCACUUCAGUACAGUUUCAUAGGAAUGGACAGCUGAUGCUUGUUGCUAGUCUGGACAAAUGUCUGAAAUUUUUCCAGAUCGACGGGAAGAGAAACCCCAAGAUCCAGAGCAUAUAUAUUGAGGAUUGUCCUAUUCGCAAGGCAUCCUUCCUACCUGAUGGCUCUGAGGUGAUCCUUUCAGGCAGAAGGAAGUUCUUCUACUCAUUUGAUUUGGUGAAAGCUGCUGUUAGUAAGAUUGGACCCUUGACUGGACGUGAUGAGAAAAGCCUGGAAACAUUUGAGAUAUCACCUGAUUCAAGGACCAUUGCAUUUGUUGGUAAUGAGGGGUACAUUCUUUUGUUGUCUUCGAAAACAAAACAGCUCAUUGGAACCCUCAAGAUGAACGGGAAUGUGCGUUCAUUGGCUUUUGCGGAUGGUGGGAAUGAGCUACUAAGUAGUGGUGGGGAUGGCCAUGUUUACCACUGGGAUCUUAGAACAAGGAAGUGUAUACACAAGGCUACUGAUGAGGGUUCCCUAGCAGGCCUCUCUCUGUGCACAUCGCAGGACAGCUCUUAUUUUGCUACAGGCUCCAGCAGCGGCAUCGUGAAUGUGUACAAGAGGGAUGAGUUCCUGGGAGGGAAGAGGAAGCCACUGAAGACGAUCGAAAACCUCACAACCGAGAUGGGCCAAAUGAAGUUCAACCAUGAUGCCCAGAUUCUGGCAAUAAGCUCGGGGAAGGAGAAGAACGGGAUGAGGCUCGUGCACGUCCCGUCCUUCACUGUCUACCAGAACUGGCCAGGGCCUCGGUCCAGCCUUCGUUACCCAAGUUGCCUGGACUUCAGCCCAGGGAGCGGGUUCCUCUCCGUCGGACAAUCCAAUGGAAAAGUUCUGCUUUACAAGCUGCACCACUAUCAGAACGCCUAGGACUCAAACCAGGAGAAUCCAGUUUUGACACUGCAUUUUCUGCUUCCAGAAAACUCAUGUUAUCUGUAGCGUUUAUUCUUCUUAAUCCCUUGCCUGAUGAGUGGUGUUGUCACAAGAUAUUCUAAUGCUCAAUUCAAUACCAUGUUUGUUCUUUUUAUAUGCAA